CCCUUUGUGUCACCAUCUAUAUACCAACGUUUCGGUCCGUGCCUGCGUCGCAUUUCUUGGUAUCCUCUUGCUUCGCUCAUUGAAACCCUAACCCCUCAUCCCUUGGUUCCCGAUUUGUGGAUGGCUCGAUUGAGAACAUUCCAAGCUAGAUUCUAAUCGGUCUUUCUCCUUUUGGCGAAUUCGAUUUUUGAUCGCGAAGACUCGUCGAAGCAGAGGCGGGUGUAGAUUUCCGAGCUUUUCCGGGGGUUCCCGGAAAGAUAUGAUCAAAGCUUUUCACUUUGGAAGGAGAAAAGGAUACCAAUUAUGGCGUCUCAGGCAAUUGUCAAAGGAAGGAAGUACGUCCUGAAACACCUAAGCUUACCUGUGCGUUCUUGUUCCAGUUUCUCGAGUUUGGGGCACGGAAGAUAUGCAUCUGAUACAGACACGAGGGUUCCAACUUGGAUCUCUGAGCAGAGCUGCAGUGAAGUUGAGAGUAGUGGGCAGAAAAAGCAUGUGGCGGUAACCACCAAAGAGGACUUAAUCUUCUUCAGUGCUCAGGGUUCUUUUCGGCGUCCAUCCAGUAUAAUUUACAAUUCAGGAUUUGGAUAUGGAAGGCAAGAGUUUGUUCUUCCAUUUGCAGUCAGAGGUUUGGCACAGUCUGUUGCCACCGCGUCUACAGAUACAGCUGGUCGACCUGAGAAGCAUAAUGAGGAAGAGCCUCGCAAAGAUCAGGGCCAAAAAGAGUUUAAAGAGGCAUCUCCUGAGGAAUGCGAUCAGGCUGUGGAAGGUUUAAGCACUGCAAAAGCAAAAGCAAAAGCCAAACAGAUGCAAGAUUCUCAAAAAUCUGCUCAGUCAUUCAUACACAAGUUUUGGGCAAAUCUUCUGGGUAUUGGUCCUGCUCUGAGAGCCGUGGCUUCAAUGAGCAGAGCGGAUUGGGCUAUUAAAUUACGCCACUGGAAGGAUGAAUUUGUAUCUACCAUGCAGCAUUAUUGGUUAGGCUUGAAAUUGUUAUGGGCUGAUAUGAGGAUCUCUUCAAGAUUGUUGUUGAAGUUGGCUGCUGGAAAGAGUCUCACAAGAAGAGAAAGACAGCAGCUGACACGUACCACAGCCGAUAUUUUCAGGCUGGUUCCCUUUGCAGUUUUCAUCAUUGUUCCAUUUAUGGAGUUCUUGUUGCCAGUGUUCCUGAAGCUGUUUCCAAACAUGUUGCCAUCUACGUUCCAGGACAAGAUGAAAGAACAGGAGGCACUGAAAAGGAAACUCAAAGCAAGAAUAGAGUAUGCAAAGUUUCUGCAGGACACAGUUAAAGAGAUGGCAAAAGAAGUCCAAACAUCACAUAGUGGAGAAAUUAGACAGACUGCAGAGGACUUGGAUGAAUUUUUGAAUAAGGUCAGGACUGGUGCUCCUGUAUCCAAUGUUGAAAUCUUGAGCUUUGCGAAAUUGUUUAAUGAUGAGCUGACAUUGGACAAUAUAAGCAGACCGAGGCUGAUCAAUAUGUGCAAGUAUAUGGGAAUUCCACCAUUUGGAACUGAUAAUUACUUGCGAUUUAUGCUUCGAAGGAAAUUGCAGGAGAUUAAGGAAGAUGACAAGCUGAUCCAAGCAGAGGGUGUGGAAUCUCUUUCUGAAGAGGAACUACGGCAAGCUUGUCGGGAACGGGGUCAUCUUGGGUUGCUUUCGAAGGAGGAGAUGCAACAACAGCUUCGUGACUGGCUGGAUCUGUCCCUUAAUCGUGCUGUUCCAUCUUCAUUGUUGAUACUCUCGAGAGCCUUCACUGUAUCUGGAAAGGUGAAACCUGAAGAAGCUGUUGUAGCAACAUUAUCAUCUCUACCAGAUGAGGUGGUUGACACAGUUGGUACUGGUUUGCCAUCUGAAGAUUCUGUUUCUGAGAGAAGAAGAAAAUUGGAGUUCCUCGAAAUGCAGGAAGAACUUAUCAAGGAGGAAGAGAAAAAGCUAGUGAAAGAGGAGAAAGCUAAGGUGAAGGAAUCUGAGGUCAUCGAGGAGGAUCUAGCAUUGAAGGAGAUGACUGGUCCUACAGCCAGGGAAGCACAGGAGUUAGCAAGUGGAAAAACACUUGAAAAACAGGAGCAACUCUGUAAAAUCAGUCGGGCGCUGGCUGUGCUAGCUUCAGCUUCUUCAGUGAGUAGGGAACGUCAAGAAUUCCUGAGCCUUGUUAAUAAAGAGAUUGAACUUUAUAAUACCAUGCUGGAGAAGGAAGGUACUGAUGGUGAAGAAGAGGCAAAGAAAGCAUAUAGAGCCGCUAGGGAGAAGAGUGAUCAAGCAGCUGAAGUAGCUGCUGCAGACAAGGUCUCAUCAGCACUAGUAGAUAGGGUUGAUGCCAUGUUACAAGAACUUGAAAAGGAGAUCGAUGAUGUAGAUGCUAAAAUUGGUGAUCGUUGGAAAAUACUAGACAGAGACCAUGAUGGCAAAGUGACUCCAGAAGAGGUAGCAGCCGCUGCCAUGUAUCUGAAAGACACCAUUGGAAAGGAGGGUGUCCAAGAACUCAUCAGCAAUCUCUCCAGGGAUAAAGAUGGGAAGAUUCUUGUUCAAGACAUUGUCAAGCUAGCAUCCGAAACCGAAGAUGCUGAUGGUAGUGAAGCGGCACGCUUAUAGUCAGAAUGGCUGGUUGGUUACAUGUUCUCAACUGUCCUCCAUUCUUUUUUUUGGCAUGAUGUCAUAAGAUGUCUGGUAAAUGCAACUUGCUGGUUAUGCUGAUCCUAUUAGUGUUGCAUGUCAAAUGUGGAUUAUACGUUGCAGUGCAUUGUCAGGCACAGCUUGUUAAACAAUAUAUUCUUUGAUGCUAUAAAAUUUUGAACGAACUAUCUGUACAUAUGUAGCAAUUUACCAGUUAAAAA